AUGGAGACGGUUGAUUGUGUCGUGGCUGGUGCCGGAUGGUACGGCCUCGCCGCCGCAAAGCAAUACCGCGUCGUCAACCCCAAUGACUCCCUCGUAAUCUUCGAUCCCCAGACCACCGUCGGAGGCACGUGGGCCGACGAGCGGCUCUACCCAGACGUCAAGAGCAACAACCUCCUGGGGACGUACGAGUACCCAGACUUCCCCAUGGACCCCGAGACGUUCGGCGUCAAGCCCGGCCAGUACAUCCCAGGUGAGGUCACAAACGCCUACCUCAAGGCGUACGUGGACAAGUUCAACCUCGGGCCGUGCCUCCGCCUCCGGACCAAGAUCACCGUCGCCGAGCACAACGACAACUCGGCCGAGGGCGGAUGGACGCUCACCGUCGUCAACGACGAGGGCCACGAGUACAAGGUGUUUGCGAGGCGCCUCAUUGUCGCCACGGGGCUCACUUCCCAGCCCUUCAUGCCGCACUUUGACGGCCAGGAGGAGUUUGGCGGGAGGAUCUUCCACAGCAAGUACUUUAAGCAGAACCGGGAUACUCUCGAGACGUCCAAGGCGAUCACCGUGUAUGGCGGGACGAAAUUCGGCUGGGAUGCCGCUUACAGCUACGCCAUGGCCGGCGUUGAGGUCAAUUGGGUCAUUCGAUGCAAAGGAACGUCAACCGCUGACUUGAACAAACACACAGCCUCCGGCCACGGCCCCUGUUGGAUCGCCCCUUCAUACGUGACGCCAUUCAAGAAAUGGAUCGAGAAGCUCGCGAACAUCCGCUUCCUCACAUGGUUCAGCCCCUGCGUCUACAGCGGCGCCGCCGGCUACACCGGCAUCCAGCGCUUCCUCCACGGCACCUUCGUCGGCCGCGCCAUCGUCAACGCCUUCUGGGCCAUCCUCGGCGGCGACGUCCUCGCCCUCAACAACUACGACGCGCACCCGGAGACGGCCAAGCUCAAGCCCUGGAUCCCCGCCAUGUUCACCGCCGCCAGCUUCAGCAUCCUCAACUACGACGCCGACUUCUUCGACCUCGUCCGCGCCGGCAAGAUCAGGAUCCACGUCGGCGAGGUCGACCACCUCAGCCCCGGCACCGUCCACCUCGCCGACGGCACCUCCUUCGCCUCCGUCUGCAACACCGGCUGGAAGACGUCCCCGCCCAUCACCUUCCUCCCCGCCGGCAUCGACCGCGAGCUCGGCCUCCCGCACGCCAUCGACACCGAGGCGCCCCCCGAGGACCUCGCCAACCAGCAGGACCUGCUCCGCCGCGCCGACGCCGACAUCGCCGCCCGCUUCCCCCGCCUCCGCGACCAGCCCGUCUGGAACAAGCACUACGUGCCCCUGACCAAGCAAAAGGGCGUCUCCAGCGACGAGCCCCUGAACCCCUACACGCCCCAGACGCCCUUCAUGCUCUACCACUUCCUCAUCCCGCCCUCCGAGCGCUUCCUCCGGCCCCGCGACACGGCCUUCUGCGGCUUCGUCAGCAACUUCAGCAACACCCUCUGCGCGCACCUCCAGGGCCUCUGGAUCGGCGCCUACUUCCGCGGCCUCCUCGCCAACGACCUGCCCACGCGCGCGCUGGCCGACAACGCCGCCAUGCAAGAGCUGCGCUACGAGACGGUGCUACAUAACCGCUUCGGCAAGUGGCGCUAUCCUGCCGAGACAAAGGCCCCGACGACAAUAUUCGAUGCCGUGUAUUACCUCGAUCUGCUGCAGAAGGACCUCGGGCUGGAUCCUCACCGGAAGCCAAAGGGUUGGCUGACGGAGGUGACGAGUCCGUAUGGUGCGGAGGAUUUUAGGGAUGUGAAUGACGAGUGGGAGAGCAAAGUUGGCAGAGUCGGGACCGCAUAA